UCCAGGCUCCUGCACCUUCCCCAAUGUGAUGGCCACACACUUCCAGAUCGGGGACCCAGACCCGAUUCCCAGCGAGGGACGUGUGCUUGGAGCCGGGAGCUCGCAGCCGGACCCCUGGCUGUUCCUUGGGAAUACCGGGCAUAGUGCUGGAGAAACAAGGGCCAGGAGAGUCGAAGAGACAGAGACCGUGGUCUUCCAGGAUGGUGUUCCCGUUGCUCGAAGGGCGACCCUACCUGAGGUGGAGCUGGUGGAGGAUGUGACAGUCUUCCGGAGUCGUACCAGAUCUGAGCCGCCAAACUUCUGGCUGGCUGUGCAGUACGGCCGUGAGCUGCGCCGCAUGAGCGACGAGUUUGUGUCUACGUACACCGAGAGGAAGCGGCUGCCCACGUCUAGAAGUGCUGGAGCCCUCAUCACCAGGGUCUGUCGGAGGGUGAUGUACAUCUUUCCUGGAAAGGCCCGACCUGACCCCUGCUGUGACCUUCCGGAACCAUCCGCCGGCUCGAAUUGACAGCAGAGGUCUAACACAGGGGAGCAAUCGGUGAGGGUUGGGGUUGGGGGGCGCGGGGAGGUGCUGUUUCCUCACCCCCCAACCCCCCGUGUGGCUGAGCUCACGGUUCUGGGACGAUGUCGGCGCUAAACUCUCCAUCUGAACAAAAACUCGAAGAGAACAGGGCAUUUCUGUUAACUUUAUCAGGAAUCUUCUCCUUCCCUGCUCAACCCCUUUUUGGCGAAAUGAUGCCGAGCUUGGAGAUGGAGCUCUGCCUGCGGUCUAUCCCGCGCCAUAUCCCGGGAAUUGCGUACAGCAACAAAAACGGCAUUGCUCCCGGGAUGGAGAGCAGCCCAGAUCCCAGCAUUCACCCCUUCCCAGCAUUCACCCCUUCCCACAUCUCCCCCCUCCCCCACAUCUUCCCCCACCCUCCCACACCCCCCUGCCCUCCCACUCCCACCCUCCAACAUCCCUGUCCCUCCCACAACCCCCUCCAUCCCUCCAUAUCACCCUCCAUCCCUCCAUAUCACCCUCCCUCCCAGACCGACGCUCAGUCGCAGCGGUGUGUACCAUCAACAAGAUACACUGCAGAAAUUCACCAAGGGUCAUGGGAAAUCGGAUGCCACUCGGUCCCUCGAACCUGCUACCCCCACGCUGUAGGAUAGCAGCUGAUCAUCCAACUCAGUCCCCUGUUCCCGCUUUCUCCCCGUCCAAUCCCCACAUACCCAUCGGUCCCUUUAUCCCUUAGAUCUACUUCCAUCUCUGUCUCAAAAACAUUCAAUGUUUCGCCCUAAACUGCUUUCUGUGAUGGAGAAUCCCACAGGUACCACCGCCCCCUACUCUGUGGGGUGGGGGGGGUAGACAUUUCUCCUCAGCUCAGUCUGGUACAGCCCACACUGUGCCCUCAGACUGUGACCCCCCUCGCCCCCAGUUCUGGGAUCCCCCUCUGGCUCAUCGGGAAUGCCCUGCCUGUGUUUACCCUAUCUGUUCCUCAGGCAGCAUCUUCCAAACCCACCACCCACUUCCAUCCGGAAGGACAAGGGGCAGCAAGUACAUGGGAACAGCACCCCCUGCACAUUCCCCUCCAAGCCCCUCACCAUCCCAACUUGGGAACAUAUCCCUGUUCCUUCGGUGUCGCUGGGUCAGAAUUCCUUCCCUAAGGACAUUAUGUGUGUCCCCUGCCUGCCUUGUUUCACAUUCCCCGUUCCGUCAUUAAACAUAUCGACAGAAUUCCUCUUGACACCUCCCUGUGGGAGUGAAUCCCACAUUUUUCCCACUCUCUAAGGAGGGGGUGGGAGAGAACAUUCCUUCUGAAAUUCCCAUUGUGUUUAUUCAACACAGUCUGUCUGAUAUCAGCGUGUACCCCCUGGGAGUGGUUCCCGGCAUCGAAGUACCCUUCGUUUUAAAUACUCAGUGAGCAUCACCCUGGGCCUUCCCCCUUUUGAGAGGGAGCAUCCUGGCUUGGGGUUGUCUGUUAUCAAGCACGGGAAUGCUGCUAUGCUCGGUAACUCCGAGUGCGGGAUACGGGGGUGGGGGGACUGUACUCGGUAACUCCG